AUGUCUAGUGUUUGCAAAAAAUGCCACAUCAACUUAGUCGAACAAAAAUACACCCAAUUCAAAAUGUGUGGAGAAUGCCUCAAGAAGCUUAGCAAUGAUAUACCACCUGCCACUACCAACACCAAUCAUCUGCCAAGUGCUUGCGGAAAUCAUGCAUUUAAUAAUCACAUAUCAGCUGUAAACAAGAAGAAGGAUUCACAGGCACUUCGAAACCGCUUUGCUGCAGCAAAAUCACAGCAACGUCAAGGCCUCUCACGUCUGAAUCAACCAGCUCUGUCUUCGUCUUCUGCUUCAAAUCAACCAAAAACAUCGGCCACUCAACCAUCAUACACUUUCAACGCAAAGUUGGCAAUGUAUCACCAUGGCCGUAUCAGUCGAACAUUCUUUCCUCACCAUGCAGCAGAAAUCAAGAUGUCAAUCACUGGAGUCGAAUCUGAUCAGGUUCUCUGGAUCAAAGCUUGUCGUGAAAUAUUUGAACAGUUUUCUGAUGAGAUACAAGACAUAAGGCACAACAUUCCAACGUAUCCACUCUUCUUCCAAUCUGAAUACUUCUAUAUCACAUCAACUACUCGUCCUCCUGUUAAGAUCACACCUGAAAAGAUCAAAGAACAUCUCAGUAAUGCACGUAAUAAUGGACUUGAGCUUAUCUUUGAGGCUAAAAAAAAAAACGCCAAAAAACAAAACAACCCUUCAACUUCUGAAGAAGAACUUGAUAGUAUUUCCAGCUCAGAGUCCCGUGUACAAAAGCAAGCAAAGAAACCUAAAUACAAUGCACCAGCCUCUUCUUCGGCCAAGAUUUCAGAUGAUUCUAGUCCAGAAACUCUAGAACUACCAAGCAACAUUCUUACAAUACAAGACCAACACAAGAAGAAACCAUCUGUCUCAAGCUCGUGUCAAAAUCAACCUUCUCAGGACAAUCUCAUGGGACCACCAUCUUUCUUACCUUCAAGUACCAAAUCAAGUACAUUCACGUUGAACAACGGAUCAACACACCUCGCUCCAACUCUUAGACAGAACAUACCUAUCUUACAAACCGACUACAACCACCAAACAAAAUUCACUGCUCAAAAAGGUUCUGACUUGCUUCUUACCGUAAACAAUCAUUAUCUUGGUUGUAUUGAUAACAAUAUGCUCUCAUUGACAAAUGAGGUACCGAUAGGCGCCUUAUCCACAUUCAACAAUCUUGGUAUCACGGAAUUUGCCACACCCUUUCCAGUAAUACCUCCCUCGACACCUUCUACACCAAUCCAGCUGAUUUAUGGACGAAAGCUGGUGCUCAAAGUUGAUCCAAGUUCUAAGCACCCAGGUUGGACGCCUGUCAAUUUUAAAUAUCAUGUAUUCACUGAUCAAGAGAUUGGUAGAGGCUCUUGUCGGAUAUGUUAUAAUGCACUUGGUGAAAUGAAUGGAAAGGUUUGCAAGAUGGUUGCAAAGCAGCUCAUAACAAAUGACGCUGUUGGAAAGGAAAUUCUGAAUUCAUACACCCAAACUCAGCAAGUUUAUAUGGCUGUAUCAAGGUAUUUGAAGAAAUUUCAGGCAGUCGUCAACUCAUUUGUGGCAUAUAGUGGAAAGCACGAUGAUCUUGAUCCAAAGAAUAUCUGGUUUUUUGAAGAAUCACUAGUUGAUCAAGGUAAAUUCCAGAAAUACAAUUCGAAUGUAUAUUUCAAAACACGAAGAGUUGGAGAUCCAAUUCACCUAUGCAUUGCAGCCUUCACCCACUAUGUUUACAAGAUUACAUCACAUAAACGCUUGGUUGCUGAUUUACAAGGAGCUGGUCUAUAUUUGACGGACCCAUUGAUCCUUGAUUCCGGGAAUGCUUGGGUUGCUGAAACAAAUACAGCAGAGCAGGGGUUUGCCAACUUUGAGGACCAACAUCACUGUUAUCCACUCUGCCGUCAACUAGGUCUUCCAUUCCUUCCAAAUCAAUCAUCUUCCCAAGAUCAUGACCAGAACCACGAUGAUGAUUACAUUGCUCAACAUGUCAGAAAUGGUGGUCGGCCUGAUUUGAGUGAAAGUUUGGCAUCUUUGAAUAACCUUCUUGAAGCCAGAGAUCGGGAUGAAUCACCACUAUAG